AUGUCAGCCCCGGAGGACCUCGUGCCUCGGUUCAAGCUCGAGCGCUUGCUCAACCAGGACCAAGCAGGCAGGAGAACCUCGCUCCUCGGCACCAUUGACAACCAGCCAGCCUUGCUGGUUCUUGAGCGCGCGCCGUUUCCCAACUCCCAUGAAUACCUUGGGUCUAUAGCCGGUAGCCUCCGCACGCUCAAGAAUCUAGGCGCCAAUGACAUCUACCACUGGUACAUGGCCAGCAGCGGCGCCAUUGCCGACAAAAAGAGCGAUGACGACUUCGCCGACCUGAAGAUCAACUUGAUAUACCCGUGCACGGAACAGCACGUCAAGAAAUACAGCAAACAGGGGGUCCGAUUUGUGACAGAAACACCCGAGAUCUACCGGGACAAGAUCCGACCACACAUGCAGGCAAAACGAGACCAGGGCCGACUCAACUGGGUCUUCAACAUUAUCGAGGGUCGCAAGGAGGUCGAGGAUGUCAUUUACAGGACACCUCUCGGCGAGGCUGGUGAUGAGGGCUUCCUCCUCCUCCCAGACCUAAAUUGGGACAGGAAGACAAUCGAGGCUCUGCAUCUGCUGGGCAUAGUGGAGCGUCGAGACAUCUGGAGCUUGCGAGACCUCAAGGUCAAGCACAUCCCUUGGCUUGAGCACAUGAAUGCCAAGUUUGUCGAGGCCACUGAGAAGGUAUAUCCCGACAUCGAGUCCGACCAGUUGAAGCUAUACGUGCACUACCAGCCAACGUACUACCACUUCCACAUCCACAUUGUCCACGUGGCUCUCGAGGCCGGCGCGACACAGGCAACAGGCAAGGCCAUCGGGCUGGAAAGCAUAAUCGAGCAUCUAAAGAGCAUGGGCGACGAUCAAGAGAAGGGCAUGGACUCGGUGUCAUUGAGCUACACGCUCGGCGAGGCUGGCGAGCUGUGGACGGAGGUGUUCGGGCCGCUCAAGCGCGGUACUUCUUCUCAAUCGCCAGCACCAGGUCGUUAA